AUGUCAAAUAUUCCAACAAAUUUACUACCUCAAUAUGUGCCCUUUGAUCAAACAUACGUCUUAUACAACCCAAACGAUAUAAUUUCCAUAAUAUCGGUACAAUUCACAUUAUUGCCAAUCUACAUUAUGGUGUUUUACACGUCAUGGUUUCUUAUAACGAGAGAAAUUGAACCAGUUAUUGUGGUAGGUGGACAUUUAUUCUCGGAGAUAUUGAAUAAAGUAAUGAAAAAAUUGUUAAAGAAUCCAAGACCUGAUUUCCAUUUACAAUUUGGUGGUGAAGGAACAGGAUUAAAUUAUGGAAUGCCAUCUGCUCAUUCUCAAUUUAUUGGAUUUUUUAUUAGUUAUUUUAUGUUAAUUAUAAUUUUAAAAGUUCCAAAAUUACCUAUAUUAUACAAGAGAUUGAGUGCAAUAGCGAUGUUAUUUGUUUGUUGUGGAGUAGCUAGUUCACGAGUUUAUUUACAAUAUCAUACUUGGCAACAAGUCUUUGUUGGAGUUAAUUUAGGUAUUGUUAUUGGAAUAUUUUGGUUUCUUGUGAGUUCAUUUGUUAGAGAUGUUGGUAUAGUAGAUUGGGUAUUGAAUUGGCGAGUAGUGAAAUUAUUUUGGAUUAAGGAUUCUUAUUAUUAUAAUUACAAGAGUUUUAAAGAUGAGUAUGAUUUGUAUAUAGCUGAACGAAAAAGUGAGAAGAUUCGAAAGAGUAGAUAA